CGUAUGCAUUGUAUCGGUCUCCCCAUUCCGACAUGGCGCAUCUCACAGCAGCCACCACACACAUGCCCUCUGCCCAUUCACAAGUAUACCUGCUGUGUGUCUGUGAUGCGCUGUCUGCAUCUCGGGCACAGCCGCUUUGCCGAAGGGCCGCUCAUCAGCCGACCGGCACACUCACCACACAGACACAAAUGGCGCUGCACACACACAUGGUAGACACCAAACGGAAGGGACACAUGGAGGCAUCACGUGCAUGUGGGUGAGCUUACACAUGGGAUGAGAGGAAUGCUCUUGUCCUUGUCCAUGCACACAUCGCACUUCAAAUGUUCGCCCUCGUCCCUUGUAGCCAAAGGGGCGCUGUUGCUCGAUGGUGGUGAGCUGGGCUGUUGGUGCUGUUGGGUGCUGGUCGCCUGAGCAAGCGUGCAGAGGAAACAGCAUACACAAAACAUAUGGAUGUCGUGGCUCGCCCCCCUUCUUGUGUGUCGAGUGGCUGACUUUCAUUGUAUCUCUUGCAGCUGCCGUAUCAGCGCGUUCUCCUUCUGUUUGGCCUCGCGGCCUUGCUGCUCCAGCUGCCGACAGAGCUGGUCCACCAGACGCUCGCUGUCACCCGCCGAACACCAGCAGCAGCAGCAGCAGUGGCAUUGCCCCUCCUUACUGUGCUCUCUCGUCCGCCUGUGCUGGACGAUUGGGAGAGUGGAGUGGCAGCCAGAGUGGCGGCGGGAGGGCGGAAGGGGGGCGGCAUUGGCAC